CCCGCUCCGGGCCCGACUUCAGCCACGGCGGCAGCUUCCAUGGAUUCUGGAGACCAAUCGGUGACGUUGCGGCCUCCAGGGAGCGUGCUCGCCGACUGCGUCGAAAAGAGGUCCUGCUUCACCGAUCAGAAGAUGGUCAAGUUGUCCUUCCUGUGGACAAUCACAAAUUUCAGCCUCUGCCGAGAGGCCACUGGGCAAGCGCUGCUCAGUUCGACGUUUUCCGCAGGUGAGCAGAAACCCGUCACGUGGCGCCUCAGGCUGUACCCGAGAGGCGCCAGCGAAAAGUGCGCGGAAUACGUGUCCGUCUUCCUCGUGUCCUACAACACCAGGCGGGUCUCUGCCAAGGCGACGUUCUCCGUCGUCGAUGCCAGAGAGGACGAGACUAACAGCCGACAGACCAGGACACGAAUCUUCUCGCGCCGCGGCGACAGCUGGGGAUACGAAAAAUUCAUCGGCAGGAUGUCUCUGAAGCAGAACGGCAGGAACCUUCUGCCCAACGACACUCUCACGCUCAGGUGCGAGCUCAUAGCCUUGGAGAGUUCGGCGAGCGCGCCUGGAACGAGCAGCGAGAUUGCUUCGAGCACGCUUCCCGAGUGCCGCCUCUCCGAAGACCUGGAAUGGCUCCUGGAGAGUAAAAAUUACGCGGACGUGACGUUUAAGGUGGGCGACGAGACAUUCCAGGCUCACAGGAGCAUCUUGGCGGCACGGUCACCGGCGUUCCGGAGUAUGUUGGAGCACCCGAUGGAGGAAGAGGUAGUCGGCGGAGUUGUCAUCGAGGACGUCGAACCGGACGUUUUCGCCGCCAUCCUGAGAUUCCUCUACACAGGGCGCGUGCCGGCGCCAAUAGUGAAACCCGAGUCUCUCUUGAAAGCUGCCGACAGGUACAACAUGGACCUACUCAAGAUAUCGUGCGAGCUGGCUCUCAUCUCCCGCCUGACCGAGGAGUCGGCCGCGGACACGUUGAUUCUGGCCGAAAAGCACAACGCCGUCACGCUGCGCAACGCCACCCUCGAUUUCAUCGGCUCGAACGUCGACGCUGUAGCUGAGACUCCCGGACGGGAUGCGAUCUCCAACCGCGACAUCGAUCUGCCCGAACAGCUCUUGACGGCGGUGAUCGAUAAAUCCGAUGAGCCGUCGGCGAAGCGGACCAGGAACUCUUGAUUAGGCCUACAGCGAGCUCCUGUCAAAUCGGCCGUAAAAUUCACCCUGAACAACGCGUUGCCAGACCUGAUAUGUGCCGCAUGGCGUGAUGAGUCGUAAAACGCCUAUUAAACACGCAUACAGGUUUCUAUAGAAGAGGGUAUAUCUGUGUUUAAACUGAAUGUCUGUUAUACAUAGAGAGUGCAAAAUUUGUGGAAUAAUGAGUGAAGCAAUCGAUUGCAAAUAGAA